AUUUCCUGUGUUUUCAAGACUGUUUCUAACUGAUUCCCAAUAUCGAAGAAAAUCCAUCCCUUUGGGUUUAUGUGAAGUCCAAGUAAGGCCUGGAGUUCGCGUGCGAGAGUUUUACCAGGAUUCCGGAUUCCUCUGUUUUUCCCCCAUCCAUUCAAGCCUCGUUUCCAGUUCAAAUCCCUGAAUUUGGAACCGUUUUUUGAAGAAAUUGGGGGAGUUUUGUUCUGCUUUUCGCCACCACAGCAGUGCCAAAUCGAGACCCCUGCUAUUGCCUUUUCAAAGUAAUAGGAUGUUCUUCUGUGGUUCCAAUCUUGGAUGAUUAGAUUUUUAAAGGUUGCAAGUGGCAAAAAUUGUGGUGAAGUGAGAGAUGGACAUUGCUGGUCUUUUAACUUCUGCUGGAAUUAAUAUAGCAAUAUGUGUGGUGCUCUUUUCCUUGUAUUCUAUACUGAGAAAGCAACCAAGCAACAUGAUUGUGUACUUUGGGAGGAACGCUGCAAGAACAACUGCAGGUCAUUCUUUCAGCUUUGACAGAUUUGUGCCAAGCCCUAGCUGGAUUUUGGAGGCCUGGAAGGCAACUGAUGAAGACCUAUUACGAAUUGGUGGUGUCGAUGCUGUAGCUUUCAUGAGGAUAAUCAUUUUUAGUGAAUUACUAUGGAGAAGCAAAGCAUCAAAAGCACAUCCACACUGAAUCACUAGAAGUAUUUACAAUUGCAAAUAUAAAAGAAGGUUCACAAUGGCUCUGGGCUCAUUGUCUUGCAUUGUAUGUCAUAACUUGCGCAGCUUGCAUUCUGCUUUACGUUGAGUAUAAAAGCAUCACAAAAAUGAGGUUAGAACACAUUAAGGGGUCUCCUCCUAAUCCAAGUCAUUUCACAGUUCUUGUCCGUGGUAUCCCGUCAUCUGAAACAGAAUCAUACAGUGAGACAGUGAAAAAGUUCUUUACAGAUUAUUAUGCAUCAAGCUACUUGUCACACCAAAUAGUAUACCGGGCUAGUAAAGUUCAGAGGCUGAUGAGUGAGGUAGAGAAUAUGUGCAAGAGGUUUAAAACUGUUGCUGUUGAGAGAGAGACAAUACGAUGUAGAGAAAGUUCAAUGCCAUGCUUUUUUUGUGGAGGGACUAGACAAUCCUUUACGACGCUUAAAGAAACAGAAAAUGGUAACAGUACCACCAACCUUGCCGCACUGGGACUGGUUCAGCGUGAAAAAUUAAAUCGUGAAGAGUGUCCAGCUGCUUUUGUUUUUUUCAAGACUCGUUUCGCUGCUGUCAUUGCUGCACAAGUUCUUCAAUCAUCAAACCCCAUGUUAUGGGUGACUGAACUAGCGCCUGAGCCACAUGAUGUUUAUUGGUCUAAUCUCUGCAUAUCAUACAGGCAACUUUGGCUUCGUAAAAUAGCAAUUCUUCUGGCUUCCAUAGCCUUCAUGUUUGUGUUCCUCAUUCCAGUAACAUUUGUACAAAGCUUGACUCAACUAGAAAAGUUAUCUCGAACACUUCCAUUUCUCAGAGGAAUUCUAAAACAGAAGUUUAUGAAUCAGGUGGUAACGGGUUACUUACCAAGUGUGAUUCUGAUAUUAUUUUUGUACACUGUUCCGCCAACAAUGAUGCUAUUUUCAAAACUGGAGGGAUCCACCUCACAAAGUGGGAGGAAAUAUAGUGCAUGCAUCAAAGUUGUGUACUUCACAAUUUGGAAUGUUUUCUUUGUUAAUGUUCUUUCUGGGUCUUUUAUCAGCCAAGUGAGUGUGUUUACAAGUGUAAGAGAUAUCCCUACACAACUAGCCAAAGCAGUGCCAGCUCAGGUUACAUUCUUCAUGACUUAUGUUUUAUCAUCGGGGUGGGCGAGCUUGGCAUGUGAAGUCAUUCAGCUUUUCGCACUUCUCUGCAAUAUCAUAAAAAAAUUCAAACCCAGAAUGAAGGAUGAUUCAACCAAUGCUGUUUUUUCCUUUCCAUACCAUACUGAAAUUCCAAGACUUCUUCUGUUUGGGCUCCUUGGCUUUACUUGUGCUGUCAUGGCACCCUUGAUCUUACCCUUUUUGCUGGUUUACUAUUUCCUUGCUUAUCUUGUCUACCGGAAUCAGAUGCUCAAUGUCUAUGUGUCAAAAUAUCAAACUGCGGGACGGUUUUGGCCUAUUGUUCACAACACAACAAUCUUUUCAUUGGUGUUGACGCAAAUCAUAGCCCUUGGGGUUUUUGGAAUAAAACAAUCACCUGUUGCAUCUGGUUUCACCAUUCCGUUGAUUAUUCUGACUUUGCUGUUCAAUGAGUAUUGUAGGCAGCGGUUUUCCCCCAUUUUUAAGCGAAGUACUGCACAGGAUCUAAUAGAUUUGGAUCGAAAACACGACCAAUCUCAACAGUUGGAAGAAAUAUAUCAACGUCUCCACUCUGAUUAUUGCCAGUUUCCAUCUAAAUUUGAUAACAUGCCUGAAGCUGGACAUAGCGAUCAUCAUGGAGAUCAGGAGAGCAUCAUAGAUCCAGAGUCUGUGAAUUCAGGAAAUAAAUCACCGGCUCUUAAUCACAAUUUGGAGAGAGAAGGAAGUGGAGGCAAGGAAAUUAAUGAACCAUAAUAGGUUUAGAUGUCGCAUUAAGACCAUACUCGUGGCAAUGGUGCUUGUUGCCACCAAGAGACUGGGAAUCCCAAAACUAAUGCAUAUUCUGCCCCAGCAUGAGGGACCAGGAUACUAGAAGCAGGAAUUUUGCCGUCCCAGAAGUUGGUAAUUCUUUUGUUCAUUAUACUUAGUAGGGGUGAGGAAAGACACUUUGAUACUGAUAUUCCAUAUAUACAGAGUUUCAAUUCAGGAUUCCUUCCUGUAAAUUGACCUUGUUAGUGUAUGCGUAUCAAGGGUAAAAGAAAAACCCGUUGUGGAAUACUGAUAGGCCGGGUCAGGAUAUGUGCUCUUCGGCCUUAUCGCUUCUUGGAUCUCAAUCCACAGAACUCUGUUUAGAGGGGGCUUUCCAUCCAUUUUUUCACUUCUGAUUAUGGGUUUAGGGUCUAAUGGCCUUUAUUCUCUUGCAAUAAAAAGGCCUGAAAAUAUCAGGUUGAAAUAGGUUUUUUAUCUUUUGGUUCAAACUAACUCCAAUUUGAUCUACUAGUGUUAGUUUGCAUAAGAACGGCUCAAAUUAACUUCGUUAAUUGAU